GAAUAUAAUAUUACAUAUUAUAAUAUUACAUAUUAUUAAGAUAAGACCAUUAUUACGUAUUACAUUACGUAUUACGCUUCCACAAUCAAAGCGAAAUAUAAUUUUACAUUCUUUUUACUUUAUGCCUGUUGGUAUUCCAAAAGUUCCUUUUCAAGUUCCGGGAGAUAACGAUGCAAGCUGGGUUGACAUAUACAACCGAAUUUAUCGAGAAAGAUUGCUUUUUUUGGGCAAAGAGCUUGAUAUCCAGACCUCGAAUCAACUUGCGGGUAUUAUGAUCUAUCUCAGUAUAGAGAGUAAUAGCCGAGACCUGUUUUUUUUUAUAAACUCUCCUGGCGGAGGGAUAGUAUCUGGAUUAUCUCUUUUUGAUACUAUGCAAGCAGUGGAACCAGAUGUGCAUACACUAGCCAUGGGAUUGACCGCUUCAAUCGCAGCUUUUCUCUUGGUCGGAGGAGAAAUUACCAAACGCAGAGCAUUCCCUCACGCUCGGGUAAUGAUCCAUCAACCUAUUAGUAUGCUUAAGGAUGAUGGCUUCAAAGACUGGGUCAUGGAAACAGACGAAGUAAUGAAAAUGCAAGAAGACAUCAUAGAGGCUUAUGUACAAAGAACGGGCCAGCCCCGAUGGGUUAUAAACAAAGACAUGGAAAGAGAUAAUUUUAUGUCAGCAAAAGAAGCCAAAGAUCAUGGAAUUGUGGAUCAUAUAGUGCGUACAGAAUCGAGACCUAUAGUGAAUGAAAAACCUAUAGUGAAUGAAAAACCUAUAGUGAAUGAAAAACCUAUAGUGAAUGAAAAACCUAUAGUGAAUAACAAACCUAUAGUGAAUGAAAAACCUAUAGUGAAUGAAAAACCUAUAGUGAAUGAAAAACCUAUAGUGAAUGAAAAACCUAUAGUGAAUAACAAACCUAUAGUGAAUAACAAACCUAUAGUGAAUAACAAACCUAUAGUGAAUAAAAAAUGGAGACUAGUUAACGACAAUGGCAAUGGAAGACCACCAUUUGACGACAAUGGCAAUGGAAGACCACCAUUUGACGACAAUGGAACACCAUUUAAUUUUGAUUUAGAUUGAUUUAAUCCCUCUUAUUCCUUUCCUUCUUUUUCUCUUUAAUAGAUUAAUAUUUUAUUAAUCUAUUAAAGAGAAAAAGAAGUAAUUCAUAAUCAUCUGGUUAGGAUCGAUCUAAACCAGUCUAUUAUGUAUAUGAUUGUAUAUGAUUCAGCAUGCCAACUAUUAAACAACUUAUUAGAAAUGCAAGACAGCCAAUUAGAAAUGUCACGAAAGCCCCUGCUCUUCGGGGAUGUCCUCAGCGCCGAGGAAGAUGUACUAGGGUGUAUGUGCGACUUGUUCAGAUCAUGGGCUGAGAAAAAGGAAACAAUUUUUCAGUAUCAACGAUCAGUACCAGUGAAUAGAAUGGGGUUCUUCCGUUCACUAUCUAAAAAAGAUAGAUCUACCAUAUCCUUCUAUUGUGUAUGAAAUUUAUGGUUUCCAUUGGCGCAAAUCCAAUCUUGGAAUUUUUUAAAAAUUCCCCAUUGGUAGCAAAUGCUUAUCCAUUAAGCGGGGAAAAUCCUAUUUAAAAAGCAAAAAGAUUAUGCUUCGACUCUUGCAAAGAACGGACUAACAGGGUCAGCUACCCAAUUAAUCCUCCUAAUUACAUACCGUUACUGUAUAAGAUAGAUCUCGUUGUGAAAGAUCUAUUACUGAAAAAUUUAUGAGUAGAGCCGAAGAGUGUGAACUGUACAAGUUACCAAUUAAAUGUUAAAUGAAGGAAUGAGCUCCGGUGUAUAGAGGGGACCUCACCGUUUAAGAAGUAACCAUAGAAACGAUGGAACCCACUAUUUAUUUAUCCAUUUCUAUUUACUCCUUUAUUUUAGUUAAUAUGCUUUUUUUGAUACCUAGUAUCAAUACAAUUUCUUAUUUCAAGGCGAAAUGAAAUGCCUAGAAAAAGGAAAAAUCGUGGGCGGGACGGUUAUAGUAGCAAAAGCCAUUGGAAUUUUUAUUUUAUACAUUGGAAGAAUCCGUUUUGUUAUUAAUAGACUAGAAAAGAAUAACUGAAAGAAAGAAUUAGUUAUUCAUCAAAAUUUCUUUUAUUCAAUGACCAGAAUGAAAGAGGGAUAUAUAGCUCGGAGACAAAGAGUAAGAGCUUUGGUUUCGGCUGAUCGGGAUAGAGAUAGGAAAAAAAGAUAUUUUCGUCGUUUGUGGAUCACUCGAAUAAAUGCAGGAAUUCGAGGAAUGGGGGUAUCCUAUAAUUAUAGUAGAUUAAUAAAAAAUCGGUACAAGAAACAGUUGCUUCUUAAUCGUAAAAUACUUGCACAAAUAGCUAUCUCAAAUAGGAAUUGUCUUUAUAUGAUUUCCAACGAGAUUAUAAAAUAAGGAGAUCGGAAGGAAUCCACCGAAAUGCUUUAAAUGAAAUGGGGUUCCCUCGAGAAUGAACUCGAGGGAGGUAGAGUAGAAAUUAAUAUGAUAAAAAAAUUCUGAUAAGGUCAUCAAAACAAGAAAACAAGAUGAGCGAAGACGCUCAAUAAAAAAAAAAAAAAUUUAUUUUUCUUCCCCAACCCGAUUCGAUUCUUUUAUUUAUUUCUUUUUUCUUACGACACGACAAUUUUGAUUAUCAGAUUUUUUGAAUAAAGCAUCAGUCUACGUUUGAUAAUUUUGAGUCAAUUGAAGGGUAAGCCUAUUUAUUUCUGGUUCUAAGAGCAGUAGUUCUAGCGGUCGACUCUCUUCUUUCAAAUCGUUUCUCAUUUCUGGUUCUAGUUCUAGCGGUCGACUCCCUUCUUUCAAAUCGUUUCUCAUUAUUAAUAAAGGGUAACGAAGAUAAAAUACGAGCUUGUUUUAUAGCAAUAGUAAUUAAUCGUUGUUGUUUUAAAGUCAAUCUAUUUACUCGCCUAGAUAAGAUUUUUCCUUGUUCACUAAUAAAUCGACUAAU